UCCCUCCUGUGCUUUCCCAGCCGGGGUCGGACCGGACCGGGCCGAGCCGGGCAGCCCAGACGCGGUCCCUGACCAUGGCGUCUCUCUUCAAGAAGAAAACCGUGGAUGAUGUAAUAAAGGAACAGAAUCGAGAAUUACGAGGAACACAGAGGGCUAUAAUCAGAGAUCGAGCAGCUUUAGAGAAACAAGAAAAACAGCUGGAGUUAGAAAUUAAGAAAAUGGCUAAGAUUGGUAAUAAAGAAGCUUGCAGAGUUUUAGCCAAACAGCUUGUACAUCUACGGAAACAAAAAACAAGAACUUUUGCUGUAAGUUCAAAAGUCACUUCUAUGUCGACACAAACAAAAGUGAUGAAUUCCCAGAUGAAGAUGGCAGGAGCAAUGUCUACUACAGCAAAAACAAUGCAAGCAGUUAACAAGAAGAUGGAUCCACAAAAAACAUUACAAACAAUGCAGAAUUUCCAGAAGGAAAACAUGAAAAUGGAAAUGACUGAAGAAAUGAUCAAUGACACACUUGAUGACAUCUUUGAUGGCUCUGAUGAUGAAGAAGAAAGCCAAGAUAUUGUAAAUCAAGUUCUUGAUGAAAUUGGAAUUGAAAUCUCUGGAAAGAUGGCCAAAGCCCCAUCAGCUGCCCGAAGCUUACCAUCUGCCUCUACUUCAAAGGCUACAAUCUCCGAUGAAGAGAUUGAACGGCAACUCAAAGCUUUAGGAGUAGAUUAGUCAGAAAAACCAUAAUAUUUUGCUUACUUAUAAUUAUUUAGUAUAAACCAGGCACAGUGCAGAUUCCUUUUACAAAACACAUUUAUUUGCAAAAAUGAAGACCAUGGAGCAAACAGUUGUUUUCUAACCCAUGACUGUUUUGAAUCUUUUACCAAAGAAUGACAAGGAUGCAAAAAUGGGAACAGUUUGGAUUUUAAUUAGAACUCUUUAGAAGUGAUGACGUGUAAAAUGUUUGACUUCUCUUCUGCAUGGCAUAGAGAAAUUAUAUUCGUUACUUAGUGUUUAUGUUCUGUCUUUUUGCAGUGAAUACAAAAAUCUUGUUAAAAGCCACUGGGCACCAACUAAAGAGACAUGUAAAAAUAUUAAAAAUAUAUCAUUAA